UUUCUCAUUAUCGAAGUGAUGAUUAUGAUCUAAAAUAUGUAGAUUAUAAAUAUCGAGAAGCUACAGAUAAAAUAACACAUGUUUUGAAUUUACUUAGUAAAGAGACUACAUCUAAAAUACCUCAGAAAGAAAUAAUUUUGAAUCAAACAUCAGUUUCCAAUGUUGGGAAAGAAGGUUAUAAAGAAUUUGUUACAAUAUUGAAAGAACAUAUAGUAAAAGGUGAUAUUAUUCAAGCAGUACCGUCUCAAAGAUUUGAGCGUCCUACCACUCUACACCCUUUCAAUGCUUAUCGACAUUUACGGACAGUAAAUCCAUCACCAUAUUUAUUUUAUAUUGAUCUAAAUGAUUGUCAAAUUGUUGGCGCAUCUCCUGAACUCCUUGUCAAAGUUGAAAAUGAUAUCGUAUACACACAUCCAAUUGCCGGUACCCGUAAACGUGGAAAAACUAAAGAAGGUGAUGACAUGCUUGCCGACGAACUACUUAAUGACCCCAAAGAAAAAUCAGAGCAUAUUAUGCUUGUUGAUCUCGGACGAAAUGAUGUCAAUCGUGUUUGCCAACCUCGAACUGUUAAAGUUGAUUCAUUAAUGCAUAUUGAACGUUACAGUCAUGUUAUGCACAUUGUGAGUCAAGUUUCUGGUAAACUUCGCCCGGAUAAAACAAGAUUUGAUGCAUUUAGGUCAAUCUUUCCAGCAGGUACUGUUUCUGGAGCAUCUAAGGUUAAAGCCAUGGAGAUUAUUGCAGAACCUGAGAGAGAGAAACGGGGAGUAUAUGCAGGCGCUGUAGGUCAUUUCGAUUUUUCCAAUUCUAUAGAUACUUGCAUUGCAAUUCGUACCAUGGUUUUCAAAGAUGGGUUUGUAUACCUUCAAGCAGGGGGUGGAAUUGUCUAUGAUAGUAACGAAGAUGCAGAAUAUCAAGAAACCAUUGACAAGCUUCAGUCGAGCGUUACUUGUAUUGAUAAAGCAGAGGAAUAUUAUGCUAACUUACAAAUUUAA